AUGCGUGGUGCGGGGUCGCGCGACGAGAGGCACACCUCUGCUGCCAGUGGUCAGCUCAACGCUAAGCAGCUCAGCAGCCACAUCUCGCAUGCCAGCGGCGCCGACGAGCUGCUCACGCUCUUUGCUGCCCACAGCGCGAGCAUGGACCACAUCCACGCUGCGAACCUGUGGAACAAACUGGGCAAGCAGCGCAUCGAGCGGCGGCACGAGGGGCGGCUUGAGCAACUGGCACUGCUUGCCGACUACUCGCGCGUGAUCAGCGACUCGCUCGCGCGGGAUCCGUGGAGGUGGAGCGAGGAAGCCCGCCGUCAGCUGCACCAGUGGCAGCUCUGGCUCUCCCUUGAGCGAGGAGCAGACGGGCAGCAGCACCUCCUCUCCGAGCCCCAGCGCAAGCUCUGCUGCGACGCCAUGCAAGGCACCGAAGUUACGAUCUCGCGCUUACAGCGCUCCGUCGCGAUUGCCCUCGCCCCGCCGUCCAGCACUAAGGAGGAGCAUCUCGAGCCGCGCACCGGCUACUCGCUCGACCUAUCGCUGCCCUCGUCACGCCUCGCGAUCGAGGUGGACGGCCCCUCUCACUUCCUGCUGCCCGACGGCCGGGGCGUGCGCAAACCCACUGGGCCAACGCUGCUCAAGCAGCGCCUCCUCAGGGCGGCUGGCUGGAGGGUGAUCAGCGUUCCAUUCUACGAGUGGGACGGCUUCGCGACAGCCAAUGGGCAGCAAACCUACCUGGAGAGGGCGUCGGCCAGCGCCAAACCCGUGUGCGUGUUCCGGGCCGCCCUCGAAAAGAAGAAACACGCGAAUAGCGCGAGAGACGUGACGGAAAAAGGAAAGGACGCGGCUUCCUUACUUCGCGUUAGUUUCGUGCGCAACACGCCCGAGCUGCUCGUGGGGAGCCUGCCCUCGCUGUGCUUUCGGAUCGAGUCUGCUUCAGCCUGA